UCAUCUAUACGUUUAUAUCAGUGGUAUUGCAUUGCAUUGACGUUGACGUCGACGAAAGAGACCUCUGUCAAUGUCUAAAAAUAGUAAAAAUCUGUCAAUCAAUGGUGUCAUGUCAAAUCAAUGUUGAUUCAGAUUGUUGAUUUGGUUGGUUGAUUGUGCUAUUUUUGUGUGUUGUUUUCGUUUAUUUAAUAUCGGGAAACUGAAGUUAGAAAAAUGGAAACCAAGCGUUACAAGCGAAAAUUUUUGAAAUUUCCUGAAACUGCUUACACAUAUUAUAUCAAACAAUAUUGUAAAAGAAAAGGCACUUCUGAUACCAAGCAUCCUAAUGUAUUAGUUGAAGCAACUAAGUCAUGGUUGACUUUAACAGAAGCUGAGAAACAGGAACUUACCAAAGCAUAUAAGGAAAAAGAACACAAGUUCAGACUACACUAUUUUAAUCAGUUGAAAAAUGCAGAACCAUUCUUAAAAGUGAAAAAUGUAUCUGGACAGAUAAGCAAGGAAUUUGGUAAAAGUAAUUCACCAAUUCAAGAGUGUCAAGAAGAGGUUGAAGAAGAGUGCUUGCAAAUAGACACAGAUGAACACCAAGUAAUAGGCAAUAAUGUCACUGAUCACUUGGUCACUGAUGAUUGUAAUGAAGAUUUAAUAAUAGAUAAUGUUGUCAAGGAUUUGCAAAAUGAUCAAGAACUUCAAGAACAUGGUCCCAAUGAAUCCCUUAGGAAUGUAGAAGAAAUACCUCGCAUGCCUCUGGUAGAACCGUCACCUCCCACAAUAAAUAAGUACACACGUUGAAUGGUGAAACAAUGCAACAAACACAAUCCUCGUAGUAAAAAAACAACGACAACCCCUUCAAAAUAUGUGGCCAACACAUCCGUUGCAGAUUUUCGUGGACUGCCUUAACAGGUCUAGGUACGUUGGAGAUAGACUCGGCCCAGUAAGUAAACUCCGAAAAUCCGACGUUAGCAGCGGUUAAACAAACAUACAAAGGUACCUACAGUCAGCACAGUUAUUUAGGAAUAUAUAUGGAAUAUAGGUAACAAAAUAAAGAUCACUUCUAUAGAAGUUCGGGAUUUUCGUGCCACCAGCGCCACAACUUCUAUAGAAGUUGUUCAUUUUAACCAUCUUAUUAAGAUAAAUUUACUGUGAUUAAAAGCUUUAUUUCAUUUUAUUAUUUAAGAUAGCACUGUCUACUACCCUGUUUUCUAUUUUUCUACACAAAAUAAGCCUAGUUUUUAGGACAAACUAAGCCCUAGUUAGUCCUAAAAUCGACAAAAACAGAAACUCCGAAUUUUGUUACUUUCCUCAGAACGCCAAUCACUUUAUAUCAAGUUGGCCAGUAAUGUGCCGAAAAGGUUGAUUUCACCGUUGAAAUAUUUAUGAAUACAGAAAGUUACGAAUAUCGAAAACAAUGAGGUCAAUUAAUUGUGAACUUAGUUAUAUACUUCAUUACAAAGGAUAGUAGAUGAAUUUCUACCUUCAGGUAGAUACCGAUAUGUACCUAAUUCCAAAGUUGUUACCAAUUCCUGUCGAUAAUUAUUUUCCCAUCUCUACCAAACAAUUGAUCGUCUAUGCCCCUGUGCGCCACCCAUGGAGUGCCACGAACUACUAUAGAAGUUGGUCAGUCAGUGACGUCAUAGGCAUGCCGCUGUCAAGGUCACUUUGGCAUAGUGCAGCACAACAUCGGAUUCGCGCGCACGCAUCUUUUAUUUCUUUCACUUAAAAUAAAUAGAAAAAUGAGUGAAGAACUUGAUUCCGACGAACUUCUAAAAAUUUUGCAAGGUGUGGAAUCGGACUCAGAGUCUAUUUUGUGAAUAACAUUGAACCAGAACAUAAUAUAAUUCUGAGGUAUGUCUAACUGGAUGAUAAUAAUAAUGCUUAUUCAUCAAAGGGUAGUAAUUCAAUAAGUAUGUAAAAUGUGCGAUGAGCUCAGUAUCUCCAGAUGUUCUGUAAUUACAGUAGAUUUAGGUACUGUUUUUGUACUCUAUACAAUGGAAGCACUGUAAUUUUAUUUUUUUUAGAAAUUCAAAAGAAUAAAAGGAAACCUAAUUGCAAUUCGUCUAAAAAUCAUACAAAUGGAUGAAACGGAACGUUAUAUUGUAUAUUAUGAACUUAAAAAACAAUGCUUUGAUAAGUAGUACACGGCUUCAAGCGUGAUAGAAUUUAAAUACUUAUAUACUUAUUUUCCAUUUCAAAAUACACUUUAAAAACAAAUAAAAAUUCUGCCACUUAGAUACCUACCUACGGUAAAAAACGUUGACUGAAGUUAUUAAAAAAACACAGGUAUAAACAAAAAUAGAAGAAAGACCAUAGACCCCAUCCCUGAUCAGAAUCGAAUUCAACGUGCCCUCAGUGCCAAUAACUUGAUAUGAAGUUAAAGAAUGAGACCUCGAUACAAAUAGAGAUGUACCCCAUUCCUUAUAGUUCUAAUUAAGUUAUAUAUUAGUUUCUUUGAUAGGUACUCAUAAUUUAUACCUACUGUUUUUUCUUAUUAAGUAUACUGUGACAAAACAAAUCUGGAAGUAUUUCAUCAGUUUUUAUUUAUUUUCGUAAAAUCAACUUUAAAUCUUAACUUUAGGCGUACAAAUCGUAUUGAUCGAUAUGACGAUAUGCCCAUCACUACUGUUUGCAGUAUAUUUAGUUAUACAUUUUAUAGCUUGGCGCUUGGCGAGGCAUUGCGUUUUGUGUGCGUUGGCGGCGAAAAGGUUAACGAUUUUAUUUAAACGGUUAAUGUUCACUCGAUCACGUUAUUCAUACGAUCAAUCACUCGUUCCUUGACUCGUGGUUGCUACUGCGUCCCAUAGUACUCGUUCACGUUGAUUCGAUCCCUAUGACGAAACAAGUUAAUAAAAAAAUUUCACGCUCUGCUCGGCGCCUAUUGACCAUAGCGUGAUGUUUUAUAGCCUGUACCUUUCUUCGAUAAAUGGACUAACCAACACAAAUAGAAUAUCUGAAAUUGAACAAGUAGGUAGUUCCUGAGAUAAACGCGUUUAAACAAACUCGUCAGCUUUAUGUAAUAGCAUAUAGUAUAGGUACUUAUAUAUAAAAUAAUACACCGGUAAAAAGGGGCAUUCGUAUAUCGGUGCUCAAGCUAGACAGCUCUCUUUGGAUAUUGUAGUAUUUAUUGGUAGCUUUAUGUAUGUAAAGUGAGUAAGUAGUGUAACUUAUUCUUGUGCCUAUCUAUUUAUAAAAUUUAAAAAUGUAGAAAAAAUAUGCGCAGCAAUUACAGAAGCCGACCAACUAA